AUGGACGCGGCGAAUGCUACGACGACGAAGCUGCUUACUCUACUCAACGUCUCUGCGAUCAAGGCCGGAAAGCGCAAAUGGGAGGAGGUCGUGGACGUACCUGCUGAGAAAUUGAACAAACGAAAAUCUGCCCGUUUCGUCGAAGAUGUGGAACCCACGCUGCCUACUGUUGCGGACAUCGUAGUCGAUGAGACGGAAGACGGGGAAGAGGCUAAGGAUGGGGAGGAUGAUAAAGAAGAAGGUCCUUCGAAUUCAUAUGAAGAUCACUUCGGCCGCGCUCCCUCAGUGUUGACGGAAUCGGCAAGAACUUCGGUAGACAACCAUGCGUGGUCCACCUCUCGCUCGACUCACAAGGCGCUGGGCUCGGCGGUAGAAUAUCUUCCGCAGGGCUUACCACAAACGUCCUCAAGCCCCAGCUCGAUCACGAUACUCGAACGUCUAAUGAACCCUUUCAAAAGUCGACAAGCCAAGGGCACGCGACGUCAAACGGACGUGCAGAAUGAGUUGCUCGCAGCACUUUCGACACAUCGAGAUCUCUAUGUGCCCACCUCAUCGUGGGAUGACAAAAAGUUCUUCCGCGAAGCGAUCUCCCUACACGCACUGGAUCAUGUAACGAGGAAACGCCGGCGUGUGCUGAAGAACAACGAACGAGUCGCCCACAACCUUAAAUCGGAUCCCAACGCAGCUCCUCUAGAAGAUGUUCAGGAUCAGGGUUUCACGCGCCCAGCCGUUCUCAUCCUCCUUCCGUUCCGGUCGUCCGCCCUCUCCUGGUUCUCCGCUCUCACAUCCCACACGCCAUCUCCUGCAUUCCAAAUCGAAAAUCAGUCCCGGUUCUUGUCAGAAUACGGCCUCGCGCCAGGCAUGGUCGAUAAACUGGCGACCGCGGAACCUGGGACCUACCCCGAGACCACAUCGAAACUUUCAAAGGGAAUGUGGACGACAACUUCCGUCCCUUUGGGAUUGAGGCGGUCAAUAGAGAAAGAAAAGAGUGCAGACUACCUGUCCUCCAUUGAGAUUCUCAUCGUAGACCAGAUGGAGACCCUGGGCAUGCAGAACUGGGAACAUGUGAAGUUCGUUCUGUCACAUUUAAACAAGUUGCCUAAAGACUCUCAUGACGCCGACUUCUCUCGCAUCAAGCCGUGGUAUCUGGAUGGACAGGCCCACUAUCUGCGUCAGUCAAUACUUCUUUCGACGCUUGAAACGCCGGACACUAGGGCGCUGUUCAACAAUGGGCUCAUGAACGUUGCUGGAAAGCUCCGAUUUGAGAAGCGAUGGACACCAGUCGGCGUUCCAGAGGGAAUCGAGCAGAAUCUCGUGGGCUUCGACUGCCCUAAUCCGAAGGAGGAGGCGGACAAACGUUUUGCAUUUUUCACGAGCCAGGUCCUGCCGCUGGUGCUCAAGUCCGCUGUGCAAAGCACGAAUACGGCUGUUUUCGUGCCCUCCUCGUUCGACUUCAUUCGCAUCCAAAACUACUUCAAGAAAACUGCCGGCGUCUCUUUCGCCGUGCUCUCCGAAUACUCGACGAACGCCGACGUCUCUCGAGCACGACAGGCCUUUCAGAGUGGAAAGAAGGCGUUCUUACUCAUCAGCGAACGAUUCCACUUCUACAAACGAUACAAAAUACGGGGAAUCCGUAACUUCAUCUUCUACGGCCCACCUGAGCAUCCCCAGUUCUAUACGGAGAUGCUUUCCUGUCCGUUUUUGGAUGACGACGUCGAGGCGUCGGAUGUCACCUGUCGACUGUUGUAUUCCAAGUACGAUUGGUUCAAGCUGGAGAGGAUAGCGGGGACAGAGGCAGCUAGAGAGUUGUUAAAAGCCGUGUAGGAUUCACAUUCAAUGAGCAUGACC